UGCCCGCUGCCAGCCCGAGACCCAGGGCCGAGAGAAAGCGCUAGAGCCCGGAGUUCCCACCGACCUGCCGGGAGGACGCACCUGCCCGGCGCGGCGAGAGCCGCUCCCGCCCACCGCCCUGGAGCUGCUAAAGGACGUCCACCUGGGCCUAGCCCCGCCCGGCCGCGGCCCCGCUCGCGUGGCCGUUCUCUCAGGCCACUACCUCUACUAUCACUACGGCUGCGACGGCCUGGACGACCGGGGCUGGGGCUGCGGCUACCGCACUCUACAGACGCUGUGCUCGUGGCCAGAGGGCCGGGCCGCGGGCGUGCCCGAGCUGGGUGCCGUGCAGGCGGCCCUGGAGGACAUGGGCGACAAGCCCCAUGGGUUCCGGGGCUCCCGGAGCUGGAUCGGCUGUGUAGAGGCCAGCCUCUGCCUGGACUACUUCGGAGGGCCCCAGGGGCGCCUAUGCCACGUGCCCCGUGGAGCAGGGCUUCAGGGGGAACUGGAGAGGCUUUACUCCCACUUCGGAGGGGGCGGGGGGCCUGUAAUGGUUGGGGGGGAUGCGGAUGCCCGUUCCAAGGCCUUGCUAGGAGUCUGUCUGGGGCCAGGCCCUGAAGCCUAUGUCCUGGUGUUGGACCCUCACUGCUGGGGUGCUCCAAAAAACUCCAGUGAAAUACAGGCUGCUGGGUGGGUGGGCUGGCAAGAGAUAAGCACAGUCUUUGACCCCAACUCCUUCUACAACCUGUGUUUGACCAGCCCUAACUCCAAAAUGCAGCAGCAUGCCCUGGACUGAGGCUAAGGUCCCAGAACUGUCUCUGGCCCCAUACACACUCACCUAGCCGCCUUUCAAAGGCAGAAGCUGCAUGAUGUCAGGCCCCCAGGAAGUCGCAGCAGAGACUGGGGCCUUUGGGGUCAAUAAAGUGGUAAAGAGUCAGCUAA